CGACGCGCAGCUGAUACGGAAAAGUUAUCGACCUACGGUUUGUUCAUGUGGCAAUUGUUUGUUUUUCUGAUUUAACAGACAGAAUAUGCUUAAUUAAAAUACAGUGAAAUUUCUCUCAACCCACAUAGCACAACCUGUUAGCAGCUGUGGCAUUUAUUGUGCCUCCACGUCAGCUAAUUAGCAAAUACACAUACGACGUGAUUUUGGUGUCGUCUGCUGACUGCUGUGCUGUUUUGCACUUUUGCUAAAUCUGGGAACUGUGUCGUCCGUGAAAUAAGCGACUUCAACGGUACACCAUGAUCCAAGGAUACGGUCCCGUCACCCAAGCGCUGCUUGGGACAUUAUUCACCUGGGGUGUGACUGCAGCUGGCUCUGCCCUGGUCUUUGUGUUUUCGAGCGGAAAGAGGAAAAUUCUUGAUGGCAGUCUAGGUUUUGCAGCAGGGGUGAUGCUGGCAGCAUCCUAUUGGUCACUUCUAGCACCAGCAAUUGAGCUCGCCCAAUCAUCAGGAAGCUAUGGUGCUGACGGCCAAUGGGCAUUCGUCCCUGCAGCGAUUGGAUUCUUACUAGGAGCACUGUUUGUGUAUGGUGCUGACAUACUGAUGCCAGACAUUGGCUCGCCAGCUGUAGCACUAGCCGUGAGAUCUGAGCCGAAGAUGCAUGAUGAUGAUCUCUUAUUGACUUCAGUAAUGAGUAGUAGAGAAGAUGAAGAAGCCACUCCUAAUGAACCAGGAUAUCCAAACGUUACGCAAAGAAAAGUUAAAGCCUCCCAGUUACCGUCAGCAAACUCAAACGGUGACCUUCAAGGUCAAAGGUCAGUCGAUCAGAGACUCAUCACAUGGAAGCGGAUACUGCUGCUUAUUGUUGCAAUAACCAUUCAUAAUAUUCCAGAGGGCUUAGCUGUUGGUGUAGGUUUUGGAGCCAUUGGGAAAACACCAGCAGCAACAUUUGAAAGGGCAAGGAAUUUAGCUAUUGGGAUCGGCAUCCAGAAUUUCCCAGAAGGCCUUGCUGUUAGUCUUCCUCUCAGAGGGUCUGGUUACUCAACCUGGACGAGUUUCUGGUAUGGCCAAUUAAGCGGGUUGGUUGAACCCAUUGCUGGUGUACUCGGAGCCAUGGCGGUUGUAGUCGCUGAACCGAUUCUACCCUAUGCCUUAGCUUUUGCUGCCGGUGCAAUGAUCUACGUCGUGGCCGAUGAUAUUCUUCCAGAGGCUCAAACAAGCGGCAAUGGCCGUCUAGCAUCAUGGGGUACCAUAGUUGGGUUCAUUGUGAUGAUGUCACUAGAUGUCGGACUGGGAUAAACGUCACCUGACUCAUUGUCACCUGACACAAUUGUUGACUUGAAAUUACUGAAUGAAGUGGUGUAUAGACUCCUUGCAUAUUGUUUCACAAGCUAAAACAGCAACCUGACUGAGGUCGAAGUAGUUAUUUUUAAACUAGCGGCUACAGCUACAGCUAUGGCUAGAUUUUCACAUCAUCAUCAUCAGCAUCAUGCAUUGAAGCAACACACUCAGCAACAGUCGGAGCCGUAGCUGUAGCCGCAAAUUUCGAUACAGCCUAAACCCUAUCAUAGGUUGAGAGCGGAAUGCGAGCUGGGAACCACUCGCAAUCAAUUUGCAUAAGGCAGUAUCCGAAUUGGCGGCUACGGCUACGGUUACGGGUGGAUCGCCUCGUCAUCAUGCACUGAACAGAGGACGCCCUAAGCAACACCCCUGGCAACGGUCGUAGUCGCAGCCGUUGCCACCAAUCGGGACAAGGCCUUACUUGGUAUUUUGGGCUGGUAAGCUAGACUUUCCAUAAAGGUGUGGAGCAGAAAUGCUAUACAAAUACAUUUUAAAAAAUAAUUGGUUGAGUGAAAUUAACUUGAAGGCAAACAGUCACAUUUUUCUGCUUCACAUCUUUUUGAAACAGAGGUUGCAUGGUUGUAUGUUUGCGGUAACAGUAUGUGUAUAGUAUAUUUUUCUGUGUAGAGUUGUUCUUAGAGUAUCUCAACCGUGACUUAAUCUUGACUUUCUUGCCGCAGAGUGAGUUCAUAAAAUGGUCUCGCAAGUUCCUAAAUCUACUCAGCAGCAGUAGCAAUAAUAGCAAAUCAAAUUCUCAAAGAACAAUUCGACACAUCAAACUAGAAAAAGUAGACAUGGUGUUACCCCAAAAUGAAAUGUACAGUGAUAGCUCACCAAACAACCUCAAAACCCAAGUAGAGCCUGCAACAACAUUUUGUGAAAGGCAA